UGACACAAAGAAGUUGGACUAGUGGGUUACUUUACUUAUACCAUCAUAAUCUCAGUAAAUUCUGCAUCAUACAGCGUUUAGUAGUGGAACGGAGUGGUUGGGUAUACCGGUGAUAAAAAUCCAAUAAAUCGAAUUGAAAACCGAUAGAUAGAAGAACCUCGAGAAAAUCUAAAGAUGAUGCUUCAUCAUCAUAUAUUCAGCUGCGUUUUAGUCAGCUUCAGUUUAUUUGUCGCAGCAAAUUCUGCUAGAAAUGAUGACUUCUCAGAUCUGAGAGGGCCUUAUUGUGAAAACAUCGGAUGCUGUAAUGAUAGAAUAGAUUCUUGUUCUGUGCCGAUUUUAGGAACUCUAUGCUACUGUGAUGAAUUUUGUAAUCAAACUAGAGUAGAUGAUUGCUGUCCAGACUACUGGUCUCAUUGUAGAGGUAUCACUCCUCCUCCACCAACGGAAGCACCACCAGAACCUCAAUACGGUUGUACUUAUGGCAAUCGAGCUCUUCGUUGGAAGCAGGAAGUCAGAGAAAAUUGCAAUAAAUGUGUAUGCGAACAAAUGCCUAACAAACAACUCGAAUUAUUAUGCGAAACAAACGUUUGUCUCGUAGAACAAAGUAUAAUUGAAAGCGUUAACAGAGAACAAGAACAAUAUGGUUGGAGCGCUACAAAUUAUUCGCAAUUUUGGGGAAGAACAUUGGAUGAUGGAGUUCAACUUAGAUUAGGAACAUUACCACCUCAAAGAUUUGUGAUGAACAUGAACCCAAUUAAAAGGAACUAUGACCCCGCAGUUUUACCCAGAGAAUUCGACUCACGUGAUGCUUGGCCUGGAUUCAUAACAGGUAUUCAGGACCAAGGAUGGUGUGGUUCAUCUUGGGCUAUUUCUACGGCAGCCGUUGCCUCAGAUAGAUACGGUAUAGUAUCCAGAGGAAAAGAAGCUGUCCAACUCAGUGCCCAACAUUUGAUAUCAUGCGACACCCAAGGACAGCAAAGUUGCAGUGGUGGACAUUUAGAUAGAGCUUGGUCGUUUACCAAAGCUUACGGAUUGGUUGACGAAGAAUGCUUCCCAUACGUAGCCAGGAACGAGAGAUGUCCAAUUAAAAGACGAGGAACGUUACAGCAAGCUGGAUGCACACCGAAAUUCAGUGAUAGAGUGGCUAGGUACACUGUUGGGCCAGCUUAUAGACUUGGCAACGAAACUGAUAUAAUGUACGAAAUAACUAGAUCUGGUCCAGUACAAGCUACCAUGAAAGUGUACCAUGAUUUCUAUAAUUACAACAGUGGCAUUUAUAGACAUUCAAACUUUGCUAUAAAUGACAAACAGGGAUACCAUUCAGUCAGGAUAAUUGGUUGGGGAGAAGAAUACACUUACAAAGGAAUACAAAAGUAUUGGAAAGUAGCCAACAGCUGGGGCACCAAUUGGGGAGAAGAAGGAUACUUCAGAAUAGCUAGAGGAAUAAACGAAUGUGAAAUUGAAACUUUCGUCAUUGCUUCAUGGCCGCACAUACACAGAAAAGUAUUAGCCAGCGCCAGCAACCACUUUUAAAUAACAUCACACGAAUAAAUCGAAUUACACUUAACUAUUGUGUUCUAAUUAAUUAAUUUUAUAAAUAAAGUAUAGCUUUUUGUACGAUAUUAGUUAUUUAAAUGUACAAACAACAAAUAUAAGCUUUUGUUAAUUUCAACUCUUGAUGGUAG